AUGACUUCUCGCCGACACUUCAACUUCUUCGUCGUCGCUUGUCUCUUUGUCCUGUUCAUCUUCUUCCUCCGUGUCGACUUUGGUGGCAAGAGCGUCGCGACGCAGGUCAAGGGCGACGUUGGGAGCUUAGUCGACGGCCUCCGUGCUCCUUCAGAACCUAAAGAAAAGCCCAAGCCGACACCGAAAUACAAACCGACGCCAACCUAUACUCCACCUCCAAUCCGCGAUCCGUUCCCCCUACUAGCCACAUCGACACCACCCCCUAUCCCGCAAUGGAAUAAGCCUCGGCCAGGUCUUCACAAGGAAUAUGACUUGCCUAUCCCACCUCCUCUGCUCAUCGGCUUCACUCGCACCUGGCCCAUUCUCCUGCAAGCAGUCGUCUCUUAUAUUACGGCAGGGUGGCCACCAGAGCAGAUAUAUGUCAUUGAGAACACCGGCGUUCAGAUGGCUAACGCUCGCGGCCAAUUGUCACUUCAAAACCCUUUCUACUUGAACCACGCGCAGCUCAAGAAGCUCGGGGUUAAUGUUGUGCAGACGCCAGUGCUGCUUAACUUUGCUCAGCUUCAGAAUUUCUAUCUAUCCAUGGCCAACACACACAACUGGCCUUAUUACUUCUGGUCUCAUCAGGACGUGCUCACUCUAUCCUUCGAAGAAGGGUUUGAGGGGGUCACGCCACCAUAUGACCAGCCAGGAUAUAAGACAGUGUAUGAGCUUGGCUGCCAGUGGCUCGACGAAGCGCGGAAGAAAGACGAUCGAUGGGCAGUGCGAUUCUUCGCAUACGAUCACCUGGCGCUAGUCAACCCGAAGGCCUACGAGGAAGUUGGGGGAUGGGAUACUCUAAUCCCAUACUACUUGACUGACUGCGAUAUGCAUAGCAGACUGCUCAUGUCCAACCUGAGUAUGCUCGACAGACACGCCGGGACGGUGACCGAUACGAGCUCCGCACUGAACGAUCUCCUGGCAUUGUAUCGCGACCCCACACUCGCGCCCGAUUUUACGGACCCAAAUCCACCCGCACCAAAGCCGAAAGAAGACGCCAAAGUAAAAAGAGCACCAAAUCCAGAAGCCGACAGAGCUGAAGAUCCAAACCUGGCAUAUUACCACUCACUGCGGCACGUAUCGGACCGCAUGUUUCACUACAAACACGGCGACCGAGGUCGCAACACCUGGCAGCAGGGCCAACACGGCGGCAUAGGCGAGCCAUUCUACUAUUCGGCUGAGGGGCUCGCGGAGGCGAUAGACGUCCUGACCGAGGCAGGGCGCGAGGUAUUCCGCCGGAAAUGGGGCCACCGGGACUGUGAUCUGAUUUCGGGCGCGGGCCUGAGGCCGAGCGACGCGUGGCGCGUCGAGAAGGAUUGGUCGGACUAG